UUACAAAUUAGUGUUUCAGUAUCUGACAAAAUAAAUGUUGAAGUGUGUUCUAAACUUCUAAUCAAAAAAGUUUUUUUUUCUGAAGAAGAAGAAGAAGAAAAAAAAAAAAACGAGAAACGGUUAAAAGCAGCGGUUGCUGUCGAAGUAUUGCUUCAAAGCCAAAAACUUAGGUUGUUAGGUUCAUAGACCAACGGUUAUCUUCUCCCUCUCCGCGUCUGUUUCUUCAAUCCUAAGCAAAAAUCCAUUUUCUUUGGUUGCUUCUUCGUCGCCAUCACAACGCCUAACUUCAUCUUAUCUGACAUAAUCAGUCCUAAGAGUUAACUCUCUUCUUCUUGCCUUGAAAUUUUCAAUAUGAGUACACGUUAUUCCACUCAGCUGCAAUCCUCAGCCAUUACAUCCAUCACCGUCUCCUCAUCUUCUUCCUUAGAUACCACAACAAGAAAUGAUGACACUCACAUGGCUGCAGCUUCCGACACUCGACAGAACUCUCCAACGUCCUUCUUGAUAAGACUUGCAAUGAGAGCAUCUAGAGCAAGGUGGUUCAUUUUCCUGAGGAGAGUGUUUCAUUACCAAAACGGUUCAAGAUCAGAUCUUGGCGCCAACCCUUUUGAGUCAACCACUUGGAUGAUAUCAGAGCUCAUCGCUUUACUUGUACAGAUCACUGUGAUCACAUUCACACUAGCUUUGUCCAAGAACGAGCGGCCUAUUUGGCCAGUGAGGCUCUGGAUCACCGGGUACAACGUCGGAUGUCUCCUCAGUCUGAUGCUCUUAUACGGUCGGUAUCGUCAGCAAGACGUUAACCAAGGCAAUGGGUUUAGCUUUGGUGAUAUUGAGCAGCAGCAACAGAGAAGCAGAGAAGAGACUAGGUGCUCACAUUUGAUGAACAGAUGCAGGACAUUGCUGGAACUGUUCUUUGCGAUAUGGUUCGUGAUAGGAAACGUAUGGGUGUUUGAUUCCCGGUUCGGUUCUUUCCACUAUGCGCCAAGCCUUCAUGUCCUCUGCAUCUCACUUCUCGCUUGGAACGCUCUCUGCUACUCCUUCCCGUUUCUUCUCUUCCUCCUGCUAUGCUGUGUUGUGCCUCUCAUCAGCAGCUUCCUCGGCUACAACAUGAACGUCGGAUCCUCCGAGAAAGGAGCCUCGGACGACCAGAUUUCAAGUCUCCCGAGUUGGAAGUACAAACUCAUCGACGAAACAUCUGAUCCUGAUCAUUCUUCUUCUCACGCAAGAAAUGAUCCCGAGUGUUGCAUAUGUUUGGCGAAGUACAAAGAAAAAGAAGAAGUGAGAAAGCUACCGUGUUCGCAUAGGUUUCAUGUAAAAUGCGUAGAUCAAUGGCUUCGUAUAAUCUCGUCUUGUCCUCUCUGCAAACAAGAUCUCCCCAACUAAAACAAGUCACAAGAUUGAUUGGGAAUCUUUGAGUCCAACCAAAGUUCCAUACCUUUGUUGUCCUUUUUCUUACGUGUUACUUGUGUGAGUGUUCAUUUUAUAAGCAUACUCCACUCCCAUACAUGAAUAAAUAAAGAUUCAUCAAGAUAAA